UGAGUAGUCUCUCUAAUCUGUGAUAUUGAUGACAGCAACUGAAGCGGUAAAUAAAUAGCUUCAAUUUGUAAACACCUUUUUUAAUAUUAUUUACAUUUAUUACUGAAUGUUAUGAAGUUGUAAAUUGUAAAUUUCAACUAUAAUAAUGUUUUACCACAUAUCAUUAGAACACGAAAUACUUCUUCAUCCGCGAUACUUUGGACCGCAGUUACUCGAUACUGUAAAACAGAAAUUGUAUACUGAAGUAGAGGGCACAUGCACUGGCAAAUAUGGCUUUGUUAUAGCAGUAACAACAAUAGACAGCAUUGGUGCGGGACUUAUACAACCUGGACAAGGGUUUGUAGUGUAUCCCGUCAAAUAUAAGGCAAUAGUAUUCAGACCGUUCAAGGGUGAAGUACUUGAUGCUAUUGUCACUCAAGUAAACAAGGUUGGAAUGUUUGCCCAGAUUGGACCUCUAAGUUGUUUUAUUUCACAUCAUUCAAUACCAGCAGAUAUGGAGUUUUGCCCUAACGUAAAUCCCCCAUGCUAUAAGAGUAAACAGGAAGACAAUGUUAUCCAAGAAGAGGAUGUCAUAAGGCUGAAGAUAGUUGGUACGAGAGUUGAUGCUACUGGAAUUUUCGCGAUCGGAACACUGAUGGACGACUAUCUAGGAUUAGUAACACAGUAAUAAUUAAGUCAUUUAUAAAAUAAGUAAUAUAAGUGUACAAAAGGAAACAUGAAAUAAAUAACACGUUUAUUUAUCA